AUGUCAUCCAAGAAGCUGACGGAUGAACAAAUACAGGUGUUAAGACAUGAAGCCUCAUUUACCACAGCUGAUAUCAGACCUGCCAACGUGGUUGCUGCAGUAGAAUCAAUUCUCGACCACACAGAAGCGAUAGACGAAACGAAAAACCUCAUACGUCCCCAAGUGUCUUCCCUCCUCAUGGCACAUCGACUACGUGACGCUCUCUCCAAAGUCAAACUUAAAGAACCCAGAGCCGACAGUGAUCUCGUUAUCGUGACGGCGGACAUGGGGCGGUCCACUGUCGUAUUGGACAGGACAUACUACAUUCACAAAGCUCUAACUUUGUUAGAGCAUCGUCAGUCCUCCGUCCCAUGCAAAUCCAACUUUAUGAAAACGCUGACAUGCGAGAUUAAAACAACGCUCCUGGCCGUGGAGAAUUCAGGCGCAAUAUCGCCAAUCGACUGA